UCAAGUAUUUAGCAGUUACUCUGUUAGCGGGAACAACAACUGUCAAAACAUCGCCGGCUAACCAUCUUCGUUCACUCCGUCGCCAUAUGGCGGAGAAACCCUGGUCAUCUUGUAACAAUCGUCUGUCAUUUCAUCUCUAUACACUUUUUUCGCUAACUAUUUAUACUCUCUUUUGUGUUUCCUUUCUUAUGCAAUACAAUACAUUCUACGUCAUUAAUUAGGGUUUUAGUUUCAUAUAUUUAGUGUUUGAUUACGUAGUUUUAAUACUAUCUAGUUGUUUCUAGGGUGAUAGUGUUAGAAUUAUAGAAUACAAGAAUGGAGAAAUUGUAUUAUUUGUGUACAUAAUUAGCACAUUCGCAUCAUACCACAGUUAAACACAUAUCAAAUUUAGAUACUGAAAACCACAGUUGAAACAGUAGGAAUGCCUCCAGCUCAUCCACAAAUCCCACCCCUCUCACCUUGUUCACAAAUCCCCGUUACUCGUAGUCCUGGAAAUCAUCAGCAACCCGAGGGUUCACAGGAUUUGACGCUUGGCGUGGGGCCGUCCCAUUCGCAGCCCUCGUUUUAUUCAGUUGAUUCUUUGCCCCCUUUGAGCCCGUCUUCCUAUCGCGGUCUAGGUGUGCUAGGUGAUGUAACAGUAAGCCUUCCGCCUCGUAAGACGCACAGGCGGGCCAAUAGUGAUAUUCCGUUUGGGUUUUCGACUAUAUUGCAGUCGUCACCACCGUUGCUCCCGUUAAGAGGUUUUAAAAGCGUUGAUGGGUCUGGAAGUUUGAGGACUAAUGUUAAACGCGAAGCGAAUUGGGAGAAAACUGGUGGUGAAAGCAAUGGUGAAGUUGUUGAUGAUUUGUUGUCUUCUUAUAUUAACUUAAACGGUCAUGGUAAGUUAAACUCGUUUAGAACCGAAAACGGAGGUGAUAGCAGUGAUAACGAAGCUACAAGUAGUGUAAUCGGAGGUGCUAACAAUGUGCAGCGGUUAGAAAUGUGUUCAGUUUCGGAUAAAAAAGACGGGCUUAAAAGGAGUGCAGGUGGAGAUAUUGCUCCAACACGGCACUAUAGAAGUGUUUCGAUGGAUAGCGUUAUGGGGAAGAUGAACUUUGUUGAUGAAUCAAUUAAGCUGUUACCUUCUCCUGGAGGGCAAAUAGGUAAAUCAUCAUCGAGUGAUGCGGUUGAUGCGAAUUCAGAUACGUUUAGCUUAGAGUUUGGAAAUGGCGUGUUUAAUGGGGCCGAGCUUAAGAAAAUUAUGGCUAGCGAGAACCUUGCUGAGAUGGCUUUAACUGAUCCGAAGAGGGUCAAAAGGAUUUUGGCUAAUCGACUAUCAGCUGCUCGUUCUAAAGAAAGGAAGAUGCGUUAUAUUGCAGAAUUGGAAAACAAGGUUCAAACUUUACAGAAUGAAGCAACAGCAUUAUUUACGCAGGUUACAUUAUUGCAGAGAGAUCUAACUAGCUUAACAAGUCAAAAUAAUGAGCUCAAGUUUCGUCUGCAAGCGAUGGAAGAGCAAGCUCACCUUCGGGAUGCUCUAAAUGACACCUUAACUGCUGAGGUCGAACGUUUGAAGAUAAUGAAGAUGGAGUUAAGCGAGGAUGGUUCUAGAUUUUCUCAGUUAUCGAUCAAUCCACAAAUGUUUCAGUUACAUCAUCAGGCACAGCAGCAUUCGCAACAGCAAACUGGCAGCACAACUGCAGAUUAGUUAAAUCAGUUAGUCGUUUAAGAUGGGGCUUCAAUAGGCUUACGAUUAUACCAGCAGCUAUACGUUGUUACAUGUAUUUUUUCAUUCAUUUGUUCUUUGCAUCUCUUGAAAAAAAAAGAGGUCAAACUGGUUGUUUCAAUUGUAAUAAGGUGGGUUUGUCAAGCUUGGCAUCUGGGCUAUACAAGUAUGGGUCAGAAUAUGUAUUUCUUUAAGUAUGGGCAGCGUCGGGUUAGGCUAGUACGGGUCAGAAUAUGUAUCACAAACUCAAAAGUAAAGAUAAAUAAAGAAAAAAAAGCAUUGUAUGAGUAAA